UGAAAAUCUUUAUCAAUGAUUCAUCAAACUAUGAACAUUUUCAAUAUGUCCAUUGCUUUGUGUCUUUGCACUCUUUUCGCGUUUGUUUUGUCUGAUAGCCCCGAAGCAAUGAGAGAUCUCGUGACAAACUUUCCUGGCCAACCAAAAGUGAGCUUCAGACAUUACGCCGGUUAUGUCACGGUCAGUGAAAUCAAUGGGAGGGCUUUGUUUUAUUGGUUCUUCGAGGCUAUGAAUCAACCGAACGUGAAGCCUUUACUGCUUUGGCUUAAUGGAGGUCCUGGCUGUUCUUCUGUGGGAUACGGCACAACACAAGAGAUUGGUCCAUUUCUUGUGGAUAACGAAGGACACACUAUUAAAUUUAAUCCCUACGCAUGGAACAAAGAGGCCAACUUACUAUUUCUUGAAUCUCCUGUUGGUGUUGGGUUUUCGUAUUCAAACACAAGUAGUGAUUAUGGAAAACUUGGCGAUGACUUUACAGCGAGAGACUCAUACGCUUUUCUCCAAAAGUGGUUCGAGAGAUUCCCAGCUUACAAAGGAAACGAAUUCUUUAUUGCAGGAGAGAGCUAUGCAGGAAAAUACGUACCAGAGCUUGCAGAGGUUAUUUAUGACAAAAAUAAGGAAGACAAGAACAACUUGUCACUUCACAUUAAUCUGAAAGGCAUUUUGCUUGGAAAUCCAUUGACAUCAUUCGCAGAAGAUUGGACAGGAUGGGUGGAUUAUGCAUGGAGCCACGCAGUGAUAUCGGACGAGACUUAUAGAACCAUUAAAAGAAGUUGCAAUUUCAGCAGUAACACUACUUGGGAGGUUACAGAAUGCAAUGACGGCGUAAACGAAGUACUUAAACAAUACAAAGAGAUCGAUCAAUUCAGUCUCUAUACUCCUAUGUGCAUUCACCAUUCAUCAAAACUUGAUUCAUACCCAAGUUCCAAGACGAUACCGAGGCUUUUCGAUGGAUUUGACCCGUGUUUGGAUGAUUACGCAAGAGUAUUCUACAACAGAGCUGAUGUACAAAAGUCUCUUCACGCAACUGAUGGUGUUCAUCUCAAGAACUGGACCAUUUGCAACCAUGAUAUUUUUAGUCACUGGAACUGGACUGAUUCAAAGCCAUCGGUUUUGCCAAUAUACAAGAAACUCAUAGCCGGAAGAUUUAGAGUUUGGGUUUACAGUGGCGAUACUGACGGAAGAGUCCCGGUACUCUCAACAAGGUAUUGGAUAAAUAAACUGGAACUACCAAUCAAGACAACUUGGAGGCCAUGGUACAACGAGAAACAGGUAAGUGGAUGGUUUCAAGAAUAUGAAGGUCUAACAUUCGCAACGUUCAAAGGAGCAGGACAUGAUGUGCCUUCCUUCAAACCUAGCGAAUCCCUCGCCUUUUUCUCUUGCUUCCUCAACGGACUUCCUCCUCCUUCAUCACGACAGAGCUCCACGCUAUUUUAA